UAAUAGUCUAACAGACCAGUGGGGAUCCCAUCCUCUCAUAGACUACGCUUUCUGAACAUACUUUGUUCUCUAAUAGUGCAGCGUGAAUCUCUAGAUGCUUGAUACAAGCUGUUAGACAGUGUUCGAUACGUAUUCACUCUGUGAUUUCGUCAUGUAAUUAGGAGUCAGGGGAUUAAAUUCAUUACGUUAAACGUUAGUCUCUUGACAGCGUAGCAAUAGCAUUUUACUGUCGCGAUCCAAGUCAAAAACGAAUUUAAUACAAUUCAUUUCACGAGAGACAGAGUUCUUUUCGGUUUGUUAUCGCGCUGUUAUAGCGUUGUCAUUUCUAAACAAUUUUCGUUGACCUGUGGUAUUGUUGUGUUAUAUUAGCAGUGAUUAACUGGUGAAACGCGGCUUGAGUAUAAAUAUUCAUCGUACAUUAGUCCCAGCACGGCUUGGUUUGUUGUCUAGAUUGUUUUCAGUUUGAGGUCAUCAAAGAUUUUUCCCAUGUUGGUACGAUCCCUGAAAACCUAAAAAAAUUUUUUAGCUUUUCUGAUCACUCGUCUUCACCAUAUGAACUUUUCAACCGAUUUCAAAAAUGCCCAAAUCGAUUUUUAUUAAAAAGAAAACACAUUCUAUUUUCGAAAUGAAACAUUUUCACACAAAAUUCACAGUGGAAGGAUGUUCUUUCUAUUAUUUAAAUAAGUUUUUUCUAUUCGUACUAGUAUUUAAAAUCUAUUGCAAAAGUAUGAGAAAAACUGUGAGUGUGUUUUAGGAUUAUAAAAACAAUUUGAAAAAUGGGUUAUCAAAUCGAAAAUGUGGUAUGAACUAUGAUGGAUUUGGAACAGGUUUGAAAAUAGUCCAGAUAGUUAGAAAAUAGAAAAAAUGAUUUAAAAAAAAAUUGAAAGAACCGUACUUCCACUUUAAAUCUUACAUAAAAAUGUUUUAUUACGAAAACAGAAUAUUUUGUUCUUGCUUCAUAUCAAUUUAUUUAGGUGUUUUUGAGAUUGGUUUAAAAACACAUACGAUAAAGACGAACGAUUACCGAAAAUUUUUGUAAUGUCUUAGAUUUUCGUACUAACAUAGGUAAGAUCCUUGAUGAAAUCCAACGAUAUCAUGGUCAAUCGGUUAGUGAGUCUCGUAGAAAGCCUCAUAUACAUAUUCAAUGAAACGAUAUAUUAGGUAAGUGCAGCAGCUUGAUUACUAGAUAAAAAUCAGUUGAGCUUAUCAGGUUCUUUCGCUUCGAAGAAUAUUCUGAAGUCUUCAAUCCGUGUCACUUAUUUUGAAAGAUCGCCAUGUGGAGGACAAAUUCUGUGAAAACUAAUUGAGGUGAAUUUACUCUAACAUUUACUGCGAUGCCCAAAUCGUGACGGGAGUGAUGAAUUGAAAUUGUAGAUUUCAAGGUGGAGUCAGGGCUCACUAUAGUUUAUGCGUAAUUGCAGGAGAUCCACAUUUGGCUAUGGUACACAUAUCGAAUGUUUUUUGUGAAGCUCGACGCUAAGCGUCCGUAGAUAGGCAACCGGAGAUACACAUGAGCCCUGUACUGCCGUUUCCGAAAGUAUCUGAUCAAACAGCUGACGGAGAUUCCAUUGGUUACACAAAGAUAUCUUUUCGAAUUUAGCAGUACGGACGUCAAAUGUAAUUUUGAUUUCACAAAACACUUCCGGUAUUUUAUAUACUGACAAGAACACGUAACUUUUCAGCUCGAUGUCAAACGAAUCGUUUGAAUAGCUGUGGCUUUACGGAGGUUACCUAAUGCAGCUAACAAAAGACUAGAAGUAAUAUUGAUAAAAAGACGUCUAGAGACGUCUAUAGCCAUAGUCUUCAUACGUGUCAUUUUUUCAAGUUGGAUCCUUCAGAAGACUUUAUAAGUGAUAAAUUGAGUUCUAAAAUGUUUUCAAAACGUCUAGUAAAUAGUAUUUGACUUUUGUGUUACGUGCAGAUGGAUAGAAAAACGUGUAGAUGACACAUUCAAGCUUCACCACUUAAGGUUUAGCGAAAAAAUGUUGAGUACAAUAUUGUAUGACGUAGAUUAUUAAAUGCAUAGUUAUAAAUAUGUUUGUACAUGUAAGAAUAAUAUAUUGUGUUACGAGUAUGGAAAGUAGGCGAUUUCUGAUAGGUGUGAAGUUUGCACUGUGAGCCGAAAGGCGAGUUCUGUAAUCACGUGAGUCAGAUAUCGCCCACUUUCCACACCUGUAACACACGCUACUAUUUCCAGCACCUGUGAAGGAUAGUUUGAUUUGAGAAGCAAUAAAGGUGUCACUGACAGCGUGUAAAAUUGAAGUUGGUUAACUUGCGAUGUCAAUUAGACAGCGUGUAAAAUCGAGGACGUCAGUUGUGCGUAUGUGCCAAUGUAAUUUUAUCGUUCUGUUCGAAAAUAGGGCAUUUUAUUCACGCUUCGAAAAUCAAAUUGUCCAAGCAAGUGUGGAAAAGAAAAAUUAUUUCUUACAGAUCCGUGCUGUUUGCAAAGAUUUGGUGCGAUUAAAAAAUAAUAAUAAACUGGUAGAUUUAGUUCUGGGUUAUCUGAUUUCUGCUUACAAGAUGUCUCUCCGUCUUUUUAGAGUUCUUAAUGGUGCGUCGCAAACAUGUGAUUAUAAAUGAUAUGAUAUCGUGUACAGGUUGACAGUGAGUAUAAGACGAAUCCACUAAAGCAAUUUGUUGGUGUUGGCCGCACUAACUUGCUGACCGCCGUUGUGUGCAGUUUUAACUAAUGGAUUAAUCUGGUUUGAUAUUUGAUAAGAAUUCACUCCGCCAUGUUCUUGUUAAAGCUCGGUGGUUAAAAAAAAAAAAAAAAAAUUGUCGUGGUAACUUUUUUACGUAACUGAGGGUAUACAUGUAUAUACAACGUAUUAUAGAUAUUGGGUAUACAAAUAUAUAUACACAUUUAUAUAAUCAGAGAAAUACGUAUUUCACCAAAACAUAUAUUAUGAAAAAUUGAUACCAAAUGGAGAGCACGGCGAUAAGAACAGUGCCCUAUUUAUGGGGUCAAUGUAAUGUUUUCACCAUAUAAAGAAUCUCUACUGAUUUCGAAUCGCUCGAUAAAUAGAUAUAAUAUUAUUUACGUCGUUUGUAUAUGCAGCCAAACCCAUUCUUGUCGCUGUCAUCGGUGUUUGAUACUGUGUACGAUGAGUUCUGUGAAUAAAAAUGACAAGCUCAAGGAAGUUCUUGGCUUGUUACUUCUGCCCGAUUACUCCAUCGCUUCGACAACAUGUCUCGACAUAUUACUCUCACACAUCGAAAACAAGAUUUCGAGCAGAGGUUGCACGGGCGGCGAUGUUGACAAGUCCAUUUUACAAAAAUGGGUUUCGAAAGCAAUGGAUACUUGGACAGUUGAAAAAAAGCCUUACCAGGCUGUGAUAAUAUUCACUAUAAAAUUGGUCAGGAUUCUUGGUCGCGAUGAAGUCGACUUUCUCUAUUGGUAUCACAAAGAUAUACUGAAUAAAUUAUGCACUGUCUUUGCUCUGAAGGAUUCCCACGUUCACUCCUCCGUUAAAAUGGCUUACACCAAGAUGCUACUUGAAUUUGUUAACCACACAAGCGGACGGCAAUGGAUCAUCGAGACUGAGGCGUGGAUAGAACAAGCAAAGUCUUGCCACUCGAAUCGGAUGCUGUACGUGACAAGAGAGAGUCAAAAAUUCAUAUGUAAAUUAUUGAUGUUCGAAUCUGGAAACACCGUGUUUUGUGGACGAGUCAUUUCCGUGGCUGCCGAACCUUUUAUUAGGAAUAAUUUCAGCCUUCAGCCUCAACAAAAGCUUGAGGAAAAUGAAGCGUUUCUUAGCGCAAUAGACGUCCUGACCGCCAUAAUGGAAAACACACUGUUCUUGAGCAUAGACAACGCGAUACCACGACUCCUGGAUUCGGUGACAAACCUCGAAUCCAGGAUAAUGGGUUUAUUCGAAUCCUGCACAAGCAUAAAAUUACACUCACACAUUAUGAAGCUGGUAUAUCUACUGCUAUUCAUGAGACUCAAAGACGGAAUCGAUGGAUCCAAUGGGGUCGUGGACCCUAAAGCAUGGGAGGUUUUUGGAGUAACUUUACAAUUCAUAGACUCGGUACUGUUGGCAAAAAAACAUAUUUUGGGCAUGGCAAACGGUGGAAAGUUGCUUUUAACAUACUGGAAAAAAGUGAAUCGAUUGUGUGAUAUAAAAAUGCCAAGUAAUUACCAAAUUGAAAAUCACGGUGUAGUUUUACUGAUGGGUCUGUUGGACGUAUUUGUGUGUGUUCCGGAAAUUCCCGAGGACGAAUUCGAAAUCUUCUUGUACAAAUUUUUCAGCGUCACAAGCACUUAUACACAAAGGUUCUGCUACAUGUUACGCGACACAUUACUGAGGGAAGAAUUGCCGAAAGAAUUGAUGGCCAAAACGUCUAUUCAAAUAAUACUAGACACGUUAGACGUCAUGGACAGGGAGGGCGUGGCGAUUUUAUUUCAAUUAAUGUCACACCUAUUGAAGCAAUAUGCAAGCGCUGGAAAUAAUGAAGCAAAUUGUCGAUAUAAUUUUACAACCAGUAAAUAUGGAAAUGAGGUUGAAUAUCAUAAGGUACCACGAUUGAAGGUGAUUCUCAAUGGCGAUCCGAUCGUUAAGUUCCCAGAGCUGUUGUCUGCUGUUCUUCAUGCUCUUGCGACAAUUUUACGUAAAUAUAAAUUCAAGUGGCAAGAGUGCUUGGAAACUAUAACCAUUCUUCCAUCCGUUCAAGCUAUCCUGAAUCAUCCAAACGCUGGUCUGAAGGUGUGUAUCCAAGCGCUUUCGCUCUGCAGAAUGGGAAUUGAGAAUUUUAUGGCACCAAAUUUGGUACUGCUGAUGAAAUUGGACAGGCAGACAGAUGAAAUGGGACUAGUACUGUGCAAACGGCUACACGAUGCGGAGUGGCAAGUCAGAGAGAGCGUUUUGCAAGUGAUAAAUACAAUUGCGAGAAUAGCCGAAGACAAAUAUCCAGCCUUUCAAGAUUUACUUCUUGCUAACCGGUUUCCAGAGUUGAUCGUCGACAUCGCUGCUACCGACGAAAUUGGUUACGUAAGAGCAACAGCGCUAAAAUGCCUCUCAAAUUUUGUGCGACUACACAAGAUAUGGGCUGACAAAUUGUACCACCUCGAUCUGCCGAACGUAGCUGUAAAUUUGAUAACCAAUGAAAUGGAAGCGAUAGUAAGAAGAGAAGCUGUUAUACUUGUCAAGGAAUUGUUCGUCUAUAGGAAAUGCUUAGAAUCAACAUUAGACAAAAUCACGAACGUCAUGUCCGCAACCGCCAUUCUAGAUCUUAACUGGGAAGUUAGAGUGAAGGCGCUGGAUUUCUGGUCACAAUUUAUAAAGUCACGCCUUAGUGAUCAGGGGAUGCUAGAUGGAACUUUUCCUACCUAUACGUUUUCUAAGGAGCAUAGAAGAAUAGUUUCCCUCGACGAAGACGAGAUUAAAAAACGGAUCAUUAAAGUUCUUGACGAAUUAGCAAACCGAAAUUGUCUGAGCGUACUUCUGGCCACGUUGGACAACGACAGUGAUUUCCAAGUAUGCAAAGCUUCCGGAGAAAUAGUAAAGAUGCUGAAACAAAUAUUCGUCUCUUAUAAAAUAAGACCGUCCUGCAACACGGAAAAUGAUAUUCCUCUCGUAGCUUCAGACAGAAAUUUGAAUAGCAAGAUUUUAUCACUUGGAAAAACUCAGGAUAGAUUAUGUAUUCGAAACGAGACCCGAGAGAUUGACCAUCGGCCCACGAUACCAGCAAAAAUUAUCGACAUCGUAGAUUCUGAUGAAGAGAAUCCUUUGGGUUCACUUUACAAACGUACGUUAAAUAUGAGCAUCAAUGCACAGCCAUCGAAAAGUAAAAACAUCAAGUACAUGUCCAAUGUUAAUAGGAGCCAAUUCAUUCGUAUGGUUUUCAAUUAUAACAUAGACGCUUACCUAGAAGAAAAGAAUCCAUGGUUGAAAACUCACGCCAACAGUUUCAGAUCUAUUAUCAACGAUAUUAUCGUUGCUCAUCAGAGGAACAAGGUUAACCAUAUGGAAUAUUGUUAAUAUAUCGGAUUAAGUAACAAAAAGAUCUAUCUUAUAUCACACGAGUAUUAUUUAAGUUUGUACGAUACAAUUUUUAUUCCUACGUUGUAGAAACUAAAAUGUAUAUCGAUACGUUUCGGGCCGAAAGAAAAUUGCUACAAGUUAUAGGUAUAAGAAUUUCAUCAAGAAAAAGGGACAUGAAAGAUAAGUAAAGUCUGCAAUACUUUCUGUAAAAAUUUCUGUUGCUGAGAAAAUUAAUAAAAGAGUUUUGGUCUUAUUGAAUAGAUCAACAGAAUGAAUUAACACGAGUUUAAGCAAUGUUGAAUCUUGCAACAGCGAAAAUAUGAAUGAUGUUAUGCUACCAAAAUAUUGAAAAACAUGUUAAAUCUGCCAAAUUUCCUUUCACACGAAUUGCAAUGCAGAGCGUAUUCUGUGAUCAUGCUGAUCACUGAUCAGAAAUUUCAGUACCAAUAAAGGUUUAAGUAAUGGCACAAGAUUAUUCAUUUUAGAAUUUAAUAAUAAUCAUUUAUGUUGUGAAAUUUGAGCAGGUGAUAAAGCAGGAGAAAUAAACUUUAAAAAUCACUUUAUAUUAUAUUGUGAAUAUUAGUAUCCUUUCACAUUUAAAGGGAGAUAAUUGCCAGUUAAAUCAGCAUUUUCCAUCGCAAGAAAUAAAUCUCAAAGCUAAACGAAAUAAACGAUUUUUUAAAUGACGGAAAUUUAUGCGUCGCAUUUUCUAAGAUUACGCUGUUAGGAUCCGUUACGAAUCUACUUAGGCACUCAAUGUAAUAAAAAAUAUUCUCGAAAAUAAUUUAUACAGGAAAUUAUAAGCAAAAUAAAAUCCAAUUGAUGGUAAUGUGAAAUCACACG